AUGAGUCAGCAGUUAGCGAAGAAGUUUUGGGACUCCCGACUUCCAUUAACCAUUGCCCUCACAACAACACAGGCGCUUCGGGCAGGCCGACUGCUUCUUUUCACCAAACCACAUGGCGCAGGUAAACAGGCACUUGCAAAAGGAUUUUCUUCCUUUCUUUUUUGGCUGUGUAUAAAUAAAUUUCCUUUUCUUUUCUUUCAGGAAUCCAGUCUGUUCAUAUCUGUCUUUGUUCCUAUCCACAUAUUCAAUCUGUUCAUAUCUAUCUUAGAUUUUUCAAAUCUAUCUAUCUAUCUAUCUAUCUAUCUAUCUAUCUACCAGUGUAUCUCUCUAUCUAUCUAUUCAAUCUUUCACAUAUGCUCUGUCCCUGUAUUGGUCAAUUUUACACACACGCACGUAUUAUCUAUCUAUCUAUCUAUCUAUCUAUCUAUCUAUCUAAUCUCUCUCUCUCUCUCUCUCUCUCUCUCUCUAUCUAUCUAUCUAUCUAUCUAUCUAUCGCAGUCUAUUCAGUAUCUUUAUCUACCUGUCUUUUUCUUUUUCUGGUUUAAUUUCCUUUUUAUCCCAAUUUUACUCCCCUUUUCUUUCUUUCUUUCUUUCUUUCUUUCUUUCUUUCUUUCUUUUUCUUGUUCCCUUAUCAAAAAUAUCUCACGCUUUGCUUUUGCGUCAAUUUUUCUCUCAAUUUGUAUCUAA